AUGAAUAAUUAAUUUGAUUGGUCAAAACACCAAUUCCAAUAAGUGGAAAAGAAAAUAAUCACAGAAUAUGAUGUGGAGAAAUUCAAGAAAACAAAAAUAAUUGGUUAACUAUUAGAGUUUAUGCAAGCAUUAAUAAAAUCAGUAUAACAUAAGAAAAUUUCCUAAACAAAAGAAAAUUAGAAGUUUUUAGAAAUUUGUAUUAUUUGAAAUUAUGAUUAGAAUAAUUUUUUUUAUAAUUAGAAGAACUACUUCUAAAAGUACCACCAAUUUAAUAAUCAUUGAGAUAUGGCAAUAUAGCCUUUAGAGAUUGGUUAGAUUAAAUUGGCCCUAUUGUUGAUAAUUAUCUGAAAAAGUAACUACCAGAAAAUCUAUAAAAUGCUGCUAUAGAGCUUAGAACUUAUUUGUUAGAUUCAUUUGGUAAUAAAGAGAGAAUUGACUACGGAACAGGACAUGAAUUAUAAUUCUUCCUCUUUCUAUUUUCUUUAUUUAGAUUAGGCAUUUUUAAUGAAUAGGAUUAUGAAGGAAUAGUGAGAUUAGCAUUUUAUAGGUAUUUAAAUAUUAUUUAUAUGUAGGUAUAUCAUUUUUGCAAGAAAAGUGCAGAUGACUUAUAUGCUUGAACCAGCAGGUUCCCAUGGAGUUGGGGAUUGGAUGAUUAUUAAUUUCUACCUUUUGUAUUUGGAGCUUCAGAGCUAGUAUGAAAUUCUAUCAAUUAUUAGAUAUAAAAUGAUGAUGGCCUACUUCCUGAUUGCAUAAUAAAAGAGAACAUUGUUAAGAAUUUUAAAGAAGAAUAUAUGUUUUUUUAAUGUAUAGAUUUCAUUAAUAAUGUAUGGAAUCAUUAAAUAUAAAGGUUAAAAAAGGGCCAUUUCAUGAGCAUAGUCCUAUUUUACAUAGUCUUACUAAUUUGAUUAGUUGGGGAAAG